AUGCCCCCCAAAAAGGGAGGUGAUGGAAUCAAGCCACAUCCAAUCAUUGGAAGAUUUGGGACAUCCCUGAAAAUUGGCAUUGUCGGGUUGCCAAAUGUUGGGAAAUCUACCUUUUUCAACGUGUUAACCAAGAGUCAAGCUGCAGCAGAGAAUUUCCCCUUCUGCACUAUCGAUCCAAAUGAGAGCAGAGUACCUGUGCCGGAUGACAGAUUUGAUUUCCUUUGCCAGUAUCAUAAGCCACCCAGCAAAAUUCCGGCUUUUCUGAAUAUCGUGGACAUUGCUGGCCUUGUGAAAGGAGCUCACGCUGGACAGGGUCUAGGAAAUGCUUUUUUGUCGCACAUCAGUGCCUGUGAUGGGAUCUUUCAUCUACUACGAUCAUUUGACGAUGAUGACAUCACGCACGUCGAAGGGAGCGUCGAACCAGUUCGUGACAUUGAAAUAAUACAUGAAGAACUUAGGCUAAAAGAUGAGGAAAUGAUCAUGCCCAUUAUAGACAAACUAGAAAAAGUGGCUGUACGAGGAGGAGACAAGAAAUUAAAACCUGAAUAUGACAUAAUGUGCAAAAUCAAAAGCUGGGUAAUAGAUGAAAAAAAGCCGGUUCGUUUCUAUCAUGAUUGGAAUGACAAAGAGAUUGAUGUGCUGAACAAACACUUGUUUUUAACUUCCAAACCAAUGAUCUAUUUGAUUAACCUUUCUGAAAAAGACUACAUUAGAAAGAAAAACAAAUGGUUGAUAAAAAUUAAAGAGUGGGUGGACAAGCAUGACCCGGGUGCCUUGGUCAUUCCUUUUAGUGGGGCCCUGGAACUCAAGUUGCAAGAAAUGAGUGCUGAGGAGAAACAGAAGUAUCUGGAAGAGAACAUGACACAAAGUGCUUUAUCAAAGAUCAUUAAGGCUGGGUAUGCAGCACUCCAACUAGAAUACUUUUUCACUGCAGGCCCCGACGAAGUGCGUGCAUGGACCAUCAGGAAGGGGACGAAGGCUCCUCAGGCAGCAGGAAAGAUUCACACUGAUUUUGAAAAGGGAUUCAUUAUGGCUGAAGUAAUGAAAUUUGAAGAUUUUAAAGAAGGAGGCUCAGAAGGAGCUGUCAAGGCUGCUGGAAAAUACAGACAGCAAGGCAGAAAUUACGUAGUCGAAGACGGAGAUAUUAUCUUCUUUAAAUUUAACACACCUCAACAGCCGAAGAAGAAAUGAGUUACCAGAUUUUGUUUGUUGCUCAGAAUUAAACUCUGAUACUAAACAAAAAGAGAAAAGCAUAUGAGUUUUUAUUUAGAUAG